AUGGACGACGUAUCCGUUGACAAAGAUCGGGAUAAUCGAUGGCGGGAUAUGCACCGAUUUACAGAUCGUAAAUCUGCAUUUGCACAUCCUGCGUUUGAACCAGGUGUUCAGAAUUUAGUUGCAGUGCAUAAUUGUCGUGUUCUGGUGGUUGGAGCUGGUGGUUUGGGCUGCGAACUGCUUAAAGAUUUGGCUUUAAGUGGAUUUCGUAAGUUACAAGUGAUUGAUAUGGAUACUAUUGAAUUGUCGAAUCUUAAUCGUCAAUUUCUUUUCCGGGAAACUGACAUCGGCAAAUCAAAAGCGAUUGUAGCAGCCGAUUUUAUACGGAAGCGUGUCCCAGACUGUGAAGUUAUCGCUCAUAAUUGUAAAAUUCAAGACAAAAGCGACGAUUUCUAUCGUUCAUUCGAUAUUGUCAUUUGUGGUCUUGAUUCGAUUGUUGCGAGGCGAUGGCUAAACGCUAAAUUGGUAAGCUUAGUGGAAUUCGACAGCGAUGGAAAUCCGAUGGGUAUAAUUCCACUGAUUGAUGGAGGAACAGAAGGAUUUAAAGGGAAUUCACGAGUGAUCCUACCUACAAUGACUGCUUGCGUUGAGUGCACCAUUGAUCUCUACCCCCCUCAGGUUAACUAUCCCUUAUGCACAUUGGCAAAUACUCCUCGGCUUCCGGAGCAUUGUGUGGAAUAUGUGAAAAUGAUUCAAUGGGAUACUGAAAAACCGUUCGACGGUGCAGCGUUGAAUACGGACGAUCCAGAGCAUGUGGAUUGGGUUUACAAUGCUGCGUUGAAACGGGCUUCAAAAUACGGUAUUGAAGGUGUUAAUUUACGAUUAACUCAAGGAGUUUUGAAACGAAUUAUACCCGCAGUUGCAUCAACCAAUGCUGUUAUUGCAGCUUCAUGCGCUUUGGAGGCUGUCAAACUCGCAUCGAAUAUUGCAUGUCCGUUGUCAAAUUAUCUGAAUUUUUCGAACAUUGAAGGUGUUUUCAUGGGCGUUGUGCAGUUAGAUAAAAGGACCGAUUGUAUUGUUUGUAGUCAGCAAGCUCAUUAUGUGGAUGUACCUUCGAAGCAAACUUUAGAAUAUUUUAUUCAAGCGAUCAUCAAAAAAUUUCAACUACAUAAUCCAUCGUUACAAACCGCAAAGAAUAAGCUGUAUAUGAAAAGCGAAUUGAUUCCCGAGUUGACUAAGAUCAGCGCUGCUAAUCUUUCGAAGACGUUCAAGGAAUUGGGAUUAUUUGACGGUGAUGAAGUUUUGGUAGCGGACGAAACGCGUACACAGCCAAUAUCUUUGCGAAUACGGAUACACGAUGAAUGA